AUGCGCCGCGAGAAGAAGAGGAUGCUACUAGAUGUUGCAACCCUUGAAGACCAAGCUGCUCAGUUGGCAUAUCGUACUGCCAAUCUAGGCCGCAUAGUUAGUACACUAUCAGAGGAAAUUCGGCGCAAGGAUGAGCACAUUGCCCAGUUAGCAAGUGCAGUGAGGCAAAGAGAGAAAAUGAUAGAUGCCAUGCAGUGCGCCGCUUCUCUGAUCCAGCUGCGUUAUAGCUGA